UUGUAAACUGGCUGUUUAAAAAAUCAGUAAAAAUGUCUGCUGAAGAAAUUCAGAACGCACUUUUCGUUGUCCUAUCUUACGUAGUUUGGUUGAACGAAGUAGACUGUCAGAUCUACAACGAAGGGUUCGGGAGAAUCAGCACAGACAACUUGUUGCCAUAUGCAGUACGUGGUGAAGCGCCAUCUAGUGACAACUGCAGCAAAAUGCAGGAAGAAUGCAGAGUGAAAACUUAUCGUGACCAUGCCGACAGUACCCACGUAGAAGUAUCAUGCUACUGUUAUUUCCACAAGGCGGACGUCUCGGGCACAUUACACGACCUAAUGAAUACCCCCUGCCCGCUGGUGCCCAAACUUGGUCAAAGAGUUACAUACGCUUCACUUAACAUCACCCAGUGCGCUGUGGAGAAACAGACGGUGCCGCUGUCCCUGCUGUUGGCCUUGCGGCGCAGCGAUCACCUACAGCUCCUCAUCGCGGACUCGGCCCCCGUGCGCUUCCCGCGGCCCGAUGACCGAGGGCAGAACUCGGCCCACGGGCAGCACGGCUCCCUGACCGAACUUGGCAUGCGCACGGUCAACGUGCACAUCGUCAACAGCAAAGUCUCUGGCAUUGACCGGGGCUUGGUGGACGGCUGUAAGCAGCUGCGCUUCCUCGCUUCCAACAGCGACAUCGGAGUGCUGGGCGACGACGCGUUCACGUCACACGAACACGAAGAUGUUGUCAUCACUAUUCAGAACUCAAACGUCACAAAAAUUUCGAAGAAUUCAGUUAGGAUGCCGACAAGCGGUCGCCUGCUGAUCAACAACAGCAGGAUCGGAGCUCUGGACGAAGGAUCAAUCUCAGGCAGUGGUGAUCUCUCCUUGAUCUCUUCGAAGAUCGGCCUCCUGAGUCGAGGAUCUGUGAACAUGAUCGGUCUGAGCAAACUAGAGAUGCAGGACUGCUCGGUCGCCGCUGUGGAGCAGUUCGCGGUCAUCAGCAGCAGUAGUGCACCACCAGAGCCGGGCUCGAAUCUCAGUUUAAGUGGAACCGAGAACCGACCAGUGGCAGCCGACGACGAGACUCGGACCUCUCAGUGCCACGCUAUUUUUUCCGGUAACCACUUCAUGAGCAUACACAGCAUGGCCUUCUCUCAUCUCUGCAAAGCCAAGCAAGUUACUUGGCACUCCAACGAAGUCGUUGAUGCUCUCUCCGGACCUGUGGUCUUAGAGAGCGACGGUUGCCCGCUUCCAGCAUCGAGCAUCGUCACCACCACGAAGCUCCCUUGUAACAAUUGUUCUCUUUUUGAUCCCUCUGAUAUAAAGAUGUGCAACAUCUACGUGAACUCGUGGUGCUCACACUGCGAUGGCAACUUUACAUGUUCCAAGUCCCUGGAGGAGUACCUGACGAUGUCAUGCCCCAACGGGCCCGACAAGAUUGCUACUCUCACGAACACCUGUCGCGGCAAGAAGACACCCAGAAGCCUUGGACUUAAUUCUUCUCCUGCUAGAAUAACUUAUAUUUUUGAUCUGAUUGCUGUCGGAUUAGUAGUGGUUUUUGUCGUUUAUCAAUUCGAUUGAUAUUCCUUUUAUGUCGGGGAGCUAAUGCGACGAAAAACAAUGAAGAAAAUUGGAUUGACUUCCACGUCAAAAUGUUGAAUGUAUGAGUAUUUUUAGUAUUAAUAUUACGUAAUACAAAAAUUGGUUUGGUUAUUUGCAACAGAAUCUAGCAAAAAAAAGCUCAUUUCAGUAGUCUUGUGCUAAAAAAUUAAUUGUGAUAUACAGGUCUUGCCAUCUCAGGUAAGAUGAUAAACUAAUAUCUUGAGCACUUCAACUUUAUCAUCUAUUUGCACAUUUUGAAAGUGAUAGGAGGUACCUAAUGAUUUGUCUCAUUAUUGUGCUGCUAAGCAAUUUCAUCUUAACCUUCAUCCAUAAAUUUCUUAAUUAUUCUAAACUAUUAAGAUUUCUGCUCUGAGUUCCUACUACCGCCAUGUAACGCAAUGUAGUGCAAUAAAGCCAGUAAUCUGUCCUUUUGAAGUGACACGCCGGAUUGACGCACAAGUACGGUAGCGCUACUUCUCUAAAAAAAUAACUUUAAUGAUCAAGAUAAUUCUGAAAGCUGAAUGAAAGCUUAUUACUCAAGUUGCUUCCUAUGAUUUAAAAAGAGAAUCCUAAUAACCACGACGUUAUUUUUUUAAGACACCGAUCGUCUCCGAAAGGUUAAGUGUAGAAUGUUCAAUGGUUGAAAGAGAAUUUUCAAAGACGUGCAACAAGGAUAAUUCCAGGCUUG